UUUUGGUACAGUCAAUCCUUCCAUAGCAACUUAACUACCAAGCAAAUAUGGCAGCAACAUUUGCUAGCCCAUCAGCUGUUGUAGGGUUAGGCAGUGGCUCACUUUCAUCCCCUUCUCGCAUUUCUUCACCCAAGAAAAUCUGCCUUAGCUCAGGGUUUGUGAAAUCUCCGGUUACAGCUAGAAACCCUCUGGGGCUAGCAGGCACUGGUGGAGGAAAGUUCAUGUGCUUUCAGGGGGAUUGGCUGCGCAAAGACCUGAACGUGAUAGGGUUUGGAUUGAUAGGGUGGCUAGCACCAUCAAGCGUACCGGCAAUUGGUGGCAAGAGCCUGACUGGGCUCUUCUUCGAGAGCAUCGGGACUGAGCUUGCUCACUUCCCCACCCCUCCUCCGCUCACUUCUCAGUUUUGGUUAUGGUUGGUGACCUGGCACCUAGGGCUAUUCAUUUGCCUUACAUUUGGGCAAAUUGGCUUCAAGGGGAGGACUGAGGACUACUUCCAAAAGUAACAAUCUGCCUGCUUUUAUUUGUAAUCCAUGUAUGAUAUUUAUCUUCACCUCACCUUCUUUUUAUCAUUUGGAUCUAUUUAUUUAAAAUAUGUAUUUAUUUUUAAUCCA